AUGCAGUACGUCCGGAGCAUCAGCGGUUCCGUCUCCAAGACAUGGAAUUCAAUCAACCCGGCCACCCUCAGCGGGGCUAUUGAUGUCAUUGUCAUUGAGCAAGAAGAUGGCACCCUCGCAUGUUCGCCCUUCCAUGUCCGGUUUGGCAAGUUUUCGCUCUUGCGUCCGUUUGAGAAGAAGGUGGAGUUCAAGGUCAACGGCUUGAAACAACAGUAUGCUAUGAAGCUUGGAGAAGGGGGUGAGGCAUUUUUUGUCUUUGAGACGACCGACGAGAUCCCCGCAUCGUUACAGACUUCGCCCUUGGUGUCUCCAGCGGCCAGCCCAAGGGCCCAGAGUGAACCAGAUCUUCCGCCUUCGUUACAGGAACCCGACUUUUUCGAUCUAGAAAAAGGAAGUGGUGAUGCAUUGUCGGAAGGCGCGAAGACACCGCCGGAGAUCGCGAUGCCACCUAACAAGAUGCGAGCCAACACGGAUUUAGGAAUGAUUACCCCACUAUCGCGCUCCCCCGAUGAAUCAAACCUGACACAUUCACGGCAUGGCUCGCUGGGUGCCAAGCCGCCACUCGGUCAUACAACCUCCGACAACGUGCUUACAACCACUUCCCCGCGCCACUCCUUGACAGGUCAUUCGGCAAAUGAAACUGAAGAUUCUCCUCAAACUGAUCGUGAAUCAGCAAGGCGUUCCCGUAGUCCAGCUCUUUCUCCAGAGGAAGCGGUAUCUCGUGCCAUCUCACUUUCAAAGAAGCUGUCUGGUUCCAAUAUUCCAUCGCAUGUUACCGAGACAGGCGAUUUGAUGUUGGAUAUGACCGGCUACAAAAGCAACGACGAAGACGCACUCCGUGCGGAGGUCGUUGCGCGGAAAAUUCUCGCCGAGGAGCUUCAAGGAGAUAACGAUAUCGGCGCACUAAUUGGAGCCGACGAGCACGGCAACCUGUGGAUAUACAGCAGCGAAGAAUCGAAGGAGCUGGCUGAUCGAAGAGCCACCCUCAACUCGAUGCGACCAACCACUGCGAUGAGCGAUGAUGCUAUCUCUGACCCGGGCUACCACAGCGAAGGUGAGCAUGCCGUCUUGGAGCCAUCCAUGGUUUCGCGCCACCACCGAACUAAAUCAGAUGUUCAACCUGGAUUCCCUACACCCCCGCACUCGCCUUUGCAUGAUUCUUUCGAGGUUGAAACUCGCCAGUAUGCGAAGACUCUCCGCUUGACCAGCGAUCAACUCAAGGCCUUGCAGCUAAAGCCCGGUGCCAACACUAUGUCGUUCAGUGUCAACAGAGCAAUUUGCACAGCAAACAUGUAUUUGUGGAAUGGCAACACCCCGAUCGUGAUUUCUGACAUUGACGGAACUAUCACCAAGUCGGAUGCACUUGGCCAUGUGCUUAACAUGAUUGGACGCGACUGGACCCAUGCAGGAGUCGCCAAGCUGUACACCGAUAUCGUCAACAAUGGGUACAACAUUAUGUAUCUCACCAGUCGAUCUGUUGGUCAGACAGAUACAACAAGAGCCUAUCUGAAUGGCAUUUGCCAAGAUGGGUACAGACUACCAAGAGGUCCAGUUAUCUGCAGUCCCGAUCGCACAAUGGCGGCUUUACGGCGCGAGAUCUACCUGCGAAAGCCAGAAGUCUUCAAGAUGGCAUGUCUGCGAGACAUUCUCAAUCUCUUCUGUGGCAAGGAGAAUCCGUUCUACGCUGGGUUUGGAAAUCGAUUGACUGAUGCUUUGAGCUACCGCUCUGUUAAUAUUCCAUCUACUCGGAUUUUCACAAUCAACUCAAAUGCCGAAGUCUCUUUGGACUUGCUCAGCCUGAACAAAUACAAGAGCAGCUAUGUGACCAUGCAAGAGCUGCUCGAUCAUUUCUUCCCGCCAACCAGUCUCCUCGUGCAGUCCGGAGGCGAGGAAUACACUGACUUCACAUACUGGAGAGAUACACCAAAUGAGCUUGAUGACUUUUCUUCAACCGAUAGUGAAGAUGAAGAAGAAGAUGAAGAUGAGGAUGAUGUCGAUGAAGAUGCGGCCGAUGAGGAUGGAGAUGAAGACGGCUACGAAGAUGAACUGAGUGAGGGCGAAGGGAGUGAAUACCUUGAUGAGGCUGAUGGCGCCGACGAAGACCUCGGCGCAAGCUACAUGUCCCAGGACUCAGUCGCCGUAUCAAACCCUGUCGGUUCGAUAAUCGAGUCAGUGGAAGGCGAUGUCGAACUCGGCGAAGAGUCCAUCGGGGAAGAGCAAUUUUUCCCCAUCGUCGAGAAACCCCUCGAAGCAACCGAGCUCUCCACGACCUCCCUGCCGAUCCGAUCCAAAUCACCCCACAACCCCUGA